UUUUUUUUUUUUUUUUUUGUAAUUUUUGCUUCCUCUCUCUCUCUCUCUCUCUCAAAGAAUUUUUCUUGCAAAUCUUUCAAUAAAAACUGUCAAAGUUUGAAGCAGAAAUGAUUGAGACGAAAUUGAAAGCUGAAAGAUCGUACGACUCUUCGUCCAUGAAGAAGUCGUCGUCCAGAAAUUCCGAGUCGUCAAUUCACAGUCAUAUGGAGUCUCCUCAUUCGCCGCUGCGUUUCCACUCGCCGCUCCGAUCCGACGUCGGCGACCCUCCCGAAACGUCUCCUUAUGCUUCUCCGUAUGCAUCUCCUGAGAAGCUGCCUGAUAACUCCAAGUCGAUUGUUGUUGUUGAUGUUGAUAAUAAGAGUACUCAGUUCUCGCCGCUUCGGUCUCCCAAUGCUGGUUCUCGGAAGCUGCCGGAGUACGCAAACUUUCCUGGAGAUAGGUUGGCUUCGUCUAAGGUUAUGUUUAAUCGGGCGAUGAAGGAGGAGGUACCGCAGUCUGUGACCAAGGUAGGGCCGGCUGCGAGUGGAGUCGAGGAGGAUGGUGGUGGUGGUGGUGAAAGAUCGCCGAAGCAAAUACCGCCGCCGCCGAGGAGGUCGAAGGACGAUGCGUUGACGAAGGCGGCUUUAGGUUUUAGAGUGUCUGAAGUGGCGGUUUGCUUGAUUUCGUUUUCGGUUAUGGCGUCUGAUAAGACUAAGGGAUGGAGCGGCGACUCCUUCGAUCGUUACAAGGAAUACAGGUACUGCCUCACUGUUAAUAUAAUUGCAUUCGUGUAUGCGGCAUUUCAAGCGUUUGAUCUUGUCUAUACUCUAAUCAAGAAGCAACAUAUGAUACGUCAUCGCGUCCGUUCUUACUUCGACUUCUUCAUGGAUCAGGUAUUGGCAUAUCUUCUCAUAUCAUCGUCUUCCUCCGCUGCGACCCGUGUUGAUGACUGGCAAUCGAAUUGGGGAAAAGAUGAGUUCACACAGAUGGCCAGUGCAUCAAUCAGCAUGUCCUUCCUUGCCUUCGUUGCUUUUGCUGUUAGUUCGCUUAUCUCUGGUUACAACCUUUGUAGCCGUGAUCCUGCAUGAUACAAAAAUCUCACCCAAGAUUAUUGUUUUUAUUAUGUUUGUACAUAGACAUCAUAGCUAUAGCUCUGCCCUUACAAUAAACAUGAUACCCAAAUUGUAAAUUGUUGGAUUGAUAUAAAUGAAGCUUCUAUUGCUCUU